AUGCGUCUUGCCAAGAUUCUCUCGUCUUUGGCACUGUUGCAUCUUGCCUCUGCUGCCCCUCAGGCAUGCCAUCCCCAAGCCCCUACGUCGUGCACCAAUCCGCCUGUGCGUAAAGAGUGGAGACAACUGAGUGAUCAGGAUAAGGCCGAGUACAUUGACGCCGUCUACUGCUUAACAAACCUGGACCCCAAAUCUGGUCUGGACGGUGCUGCCAACCGUUUCGACGAUUUUCAGGCCGUUCACUCGAACCAGACCCCAAAUAUCCACUUUGUGGGCCACUUUCUCCUCUGGCAUCGAUACUUUGUUGCUUCAUACGAGAAGUCCCUGCGUGAGGAAUGUGGGUAUAAGGGUGCCCAGCCAUACUGGAACUGGUCGCAAGAUGCUUCGACUGACCUGACGUCCACUGCCAUCUUCGAGACCGAGAUCUUCGAUCCCGACACCGGCUUUGGUGGCAACGGUGCGUGGGUCGAGAUCAGUGACCCAACCAAAAACCCCUUCAACCUCACUGGCCGCCUUGGUGGUGGUUGUAUACAAGAUGGCCCCUUCACUGCAGACAAGUUCCAGCUGCACCACGCCGGUGGGGGAUGUCUAAAACGUGACUACAUCCCCUGGGUGAUGAACAGCUUUGCUCAACAGAGCCUCGUCGACCACGUGCAAAACCAGACUGAUUACGCUUCCUUCGCACGAGCCCUUGAAAACAUUCCUUCCUUCACGCAGCCCAACAUCCACGGCAGCGGGCACUUUGGUGUCGGUGGUGUUCUUGGAACCCUCGGCAACCAGUAUGAGAGCCCUGGUGACCCCCUAUUCUACCUCCACCACGGUAACUUGGACCGUAUAUUCUGGGAGUGGCAGCAGAACGACCUCCCUAAGCGUCUGCACCAAGUCGGUGGUCCAGUCAAAGCCCUGGACUUCAGUGGCAAGAAUGUUACUCUUGACUUCAAGGUCAACAUUGGCGCACUUGCUCCAGACCGCACCCUGGAGCAACUCCUCAACACCCAUGGCGAUGACCUCUGCUACAUGUACGCUUGA